AUGGAAGUCAUGUUCUAUCUAACGAUCCUGGUCCUCUGCCUGCUAGGUCUAAACCAUGCCCAGAUCAGCAACAUAGACCCAAGCUCGCAGAAUGAGACCCAGGUCAUCACUCUCGGAUUUCUAGCCCCUGACAAGACCAAGGUGGCCCGUCUAGUCCGCUUUAACGGCGGCGCCAUGACCGUAGCGGUACGGGACGUGAACAAUAACCCGGACAUGCUGCCGGGAUAUCGUCUCCAGUUCCGCUGGUUGGAUACGUACGGCAACGAGGAAGGCUCUAUACGCGCCCUGUCGGACCAAUGGCGGGAUGGAAUUGUUGCUUUCAUAGGUCCUGGACUAACUUGUACCACGGAGGCUAAAGUAGCUGCUGCCUGGAAUCUACCCAUGAUAUCAUAUUUUUGCAAGGAACCAGCGGUGAGUGACAAGGAGACCUACCGAACGUUCGCCCGUACCGUCCCGACGACGGAGAAGCGUGGUGGCGGCUAA